AUGAAACUAGCCUCGUCACCGACAAAGCUGGAAUCUCGGACGACACCGGCACCACCCCCCGCGCGUCUGCUACAUCGCCGCGCCUUGCGCCUCGGACGAGCCAUGGGCCUGCUGGGCAUCUCCCUCCUCGUCGCGUCGGUCGUCUACGUCAUCGUCCGACCGCCCGGCUGGCUGUGGCUGGCGCGCCCCUUCUCCCGGCGGCCUGCUCGCCACCCAGCGCCCGUGGCCGACGUCCCCGGACGCCGCGGCUCAUCACCACCCGCCGAGAGCGAUCCGGACGCCGCCGCCGCCGACGACGACGACUGCGCGCCCGCGCCCGCGCCCGCGCCCCCGGCGACCAAGGGCGCGGUCAAGCCGCCAAACGGCUCCGCAGCCUCCGCCGGCCCCGUCCCGAGCAGCCGACGCGACGCGGCGGCACCGCCUGACAGCCCAACUACCCCCAAGGCCUCGGCGGCGACGCCGGCCCAGCAGGUGCCCAUCCUGUCGCUGUCGCAGCAAGUCCCAGCACCGCAUGGCGCCUCCGUCUCCGCCUCCGCCUCCGCCUCCCCCUGCGCGCCGUCGACCCUCAUGCCUCCUCCUCCUCUUCCUCCUCCUCUUACUCGGCGCCUGCCCUCCCUCGCCCAGUUCCCAGCCGCAAACUCGGCUCAGCGCGCCCGCGGCCCCGUGCCUGGCCGCGCUCCUCUCGCCCUGGAGGCCCCCGGCGGCCUCGCUCCUCCGCCAACCAUCUCCUCCAGGCCGCAAAAGCCCAGCCGCAAAGUCACCCUCGAACCGGGCCAUUCCCCCCUCGACUGGGCGCGCGUCUCGGGCCCAGACGCCGAUCUUCGUGGCGUCGUACCCGGCACCUCGUACCUCCGCGUCACGCCGUCCAUGCUGAGGCGCCACACAGGUCGCUUGGGAAGAGACGCGUGGAUGGCGCUCAACGGCAAGGUGUACAACAUCACCCCGUACGCCAAUUUCCAUCCGGGUGGUGUUCCGGAGCUGAUGCGUGGCGCGGCGAGGGACGGCACCAAGUUGUUUGGAGAAGUCCACCCCUGGGUCAACUAUGAGACGAUGCUCGCGUCGUGCCUGGUCGGCUUGUUGGUGGACGAACCCCAAGCAACGCUGCAGGAAUCCGACAUGGACAGGAUGGACUAG